UGCCAUAGUAAGGACACGGCUGAGCGGCGCUCCUGCUAGAAGACGCGUGGUGUCUCAGCGGCGAAAAGCUACAAUGGAUCGAGUGAGGACUGCGUUUAACAACAUGAUUAAAAGUGAGCGGUACAGCAGGUUCACUCUGCAGCCGGCGGAGGACGGAGAAAGACACGUUGAGGUCAAACUGUCAGAUGAUGCCACAGAGGACCAGGCAGGAGGAUCUCCGAGCUUCAGGCCGGCACCUCCACAUCAGAGCCGGAGAAUGAUUUGCUACCUGGCCCUGGGGACCAUCCUGAUAUUUAUCACCGGCUAUGUGCUCGGUUACCUCAGCCACCCGAAAACUGAGGUGGAGCAGGUGAACUGUGGCACCGAGCAGACAACUGAGAAUGAGCCCGAAACAAGGCCAGCUGUUGUUGCACCAGCUCCAGAUGUACAGAUGGACUGGGUGGACGUCACCAAACUCCUUACGCAGAAACUCACCAGCGAGACCUUCAAAAAAUCUCUGAGUGACUUUGAUCGGCCCACACGUUCAGCUGGAAGCGAUGAAGACAUGAGUCUGGCAAACCGCAUCUUUGAAGAAUUCAAGAAAGCGGAGAUGGAUCCCUGGACUGACGUCCACUACGUUCAGCUGCAGAUGCCAGACAGCAAGCGUCCAAACCGUGUCGUUUUUGGCUCAGUGGACUUUAAACCUGAAGGGUAUCUGGCCUACAGCGCCACAGGGAAGGCUGAGGGCAAGCUGGUGUACGGAAACUACGGCCGUCAGGAGGAUCUGGAACUUCUUCAGAAGAACAACAUUGAGCUGAAAGACUGUGUGUUGCUGCUCCGAGCUGGAAAUAUCACUUUUGCAGAGCAGGUGGAUAACGCUGCCAAGAGGGGAGCCUCUGCUGUUCUAAUCUACCCCGACCCGAAAGAUUUUGACUAUGUAGCAGACACAGCACUCUAUGGACAUGUCCAUCUGGGUUCUGGUGACCCCUACACUCCUGGAUUCCCCUCCUUCAACCACACCCAGUUCCCCCCAACAAAGUCAUCCGGCCUCCCAAAAAUCCCAGCCCAGACUAUCACCGCCACAAAGGCCUCUGAUCUUCUACAGAACAUUAGCGGGCCUGAAGCUGAUGGCACGUUUAAAGGCGCCCUCUCGUCAGUGACUUACAGACUGGGUGGCAGCAAGAACAUCACCGUUGAGGUGAACAACGUGCUGGUCAACAGGGAAGUCCACAAUGUGUUUGGAGUCAUCAAAGGAUUCACUGAUCCUGAUCGCUACAUUGUACUGGGGGCUCAGAGAGACGCCUGGGGGAAAGGUUUUACCAAAGCCACCGUUGGCACCUCCAUACUGGUUGAGCUGGCCAAGGCUGUUCACGAGAUGGUGGAGAAAGAUGGGUUCAGGCCCAGGAGAAGCUUGGUGUUUGCAAGCUGGAGCGCCGGAGAGUACGGAAGUGUUGGCGCCACCGAGUGGUUGGAGGGUUACAUGUCCUCCAUUGACAAACGUGUUUUCACCUACAUAAACCUGGAUGGAGCUGUCAUGGGUCGUGGGAGCUUUAUGGCCUCAGCAAGUCCGCUGCUCUACACCCUCCUGGAGAACACGAUGAAAGAGGUGAAGAGUCCUCUUGGUUCUGGCACUGUGUAUGAUAUGGUGGGAAAAACUGCCUGGACCAAAGUACUGAGCCCGAUGUCAAUUGACGACCCUGCCUAUCCCUUCCUGGCCUUCUCUGGAAUUCCCUCCAUCUCCUUCCACUUCACUUCUCCCAAUACCAAGUACUAUAACUACUAUGGCACCAACCUGGACAACAAAGAUCACCUUGAUUACAAAACAAACCAGCGCACCAGUGAAAUGACGGCGGUGGCGGCACAGUUUGCCGGCCAGAUGGCUCUGCGACUAGUCCACGACCACCUGCUCAGCCUGGAUGUGAGCAGAUACAGCGGCAUCAUCACCAAGUCUGUGUACCAGGUCUACAACCACGUCAAGCAGCUCUCUCAGCUGAAAGACGUGGAUCCCAAAUGGCUGAACGUUGCACGCGGCGCCUUCCAGCGAGCUGCUCGCGACAUCAAGAAUGACAUCAUCAACACUGACUUAGAUGACAGAGAGGCCUGUCGGAUCCUCAACGACAGGAUCAUGAGUGUUGAGCACGGCCUCCUCUCUCCAUACGUGUCCCCCAUUGAAACUCCCUUCCGUCACCUCCUGCUGGGUCGCGGCUCCCAUACGCUGGCAUCCAUCGCCAAGACCACCGACGUGGAGCAUCUCCACACCCAGCUGGCCCUCGCCACCUGGAACCUGCAGGGAUGUGCCAACGCCAUGGCGGGAAACAUCUGGGACAUUGAAGAAUAGAUCUGAAGAAGGAGGACAAGGAGUUGUGAGGUGGUGUGUGCGUGUGCGUGUGCGUGUGCGUGUGUGUGACUCAAAAUGAAAUUUGAGGUAGAGCAGAAGGAUGAGCUCCAGUAACAGCACUUAAGCACAAGCUGUCGAUCAGAGAAGAAAGGCUUAUAUUCAGAUUUUUGGGGUAUUUAAUCCCACAAACAUCCGUGAGGAGGCAGAAAAGUGAAAAACACAUUCUUAAAAGCUGCGAAACAACAUCAAACACUUGAAAUGCAGAAAUGCCACUACUGACAGAUUUGCCUGCUCUCUAAAAGCCUUCGCUGUGACCUCUCGCCAUCAAACACUGAGAAACCUUAUUACCUUGUUUUUUGUUUUUUUUAUCAGUGGCAGUGCCCACUAUAAAGUUAUUGUUUGUCUUUUUAUACGACGUUAUCGGAAGCAGUGCCUUCCAUAAUUAUGACGGUUAUACUGUCGAAUCCUCCGGCAGCAUCUGCUACACCAAUGACUCCUCAACUGUUGCUGACAAAAUGGGGCCCCGGAUGAUGUUAGAUUUAUUUAUUAUGGCCUUCAUUUCUUCGUUUCUUGGAGAAUUUUUGAAAUGACUACAUGAGAAAAAAUCUUACUUGACUCAUUAAAACGUUGCAUGAAAUUAUUAAAUUUAUCUCUGGGCUAGGGCUAUCCAUCCCAGUUUCUCAAAUAAAUUUGUCUUGUCAGUCGAAAAAACAAAAGAUAUGUAGUUAAAUGUGAUAUAGAACAGAAGGAAAGCAUGGAAUUUUCAUAUUUGAGAGUCUGGAAAAGCAUUAUCUGCUCCUUUUGCAUGAAAAAUUACUUUGAUCAGGGUUCCCACAGUUAUGAUAUUCCUGGAAAAAUAAUUAAUCUAAAAACUAUUUUCUGGGCCAGGAAAUUGUCUGGAAUUCACUGAAAGUUUAGGAACAGUUUUGAAUAAACAUUGUUUUGGCUAUAGUUUAAAUUGCAUUCAUAAAAUUCCCAAACUAUAUCUAACAUUAUGCAAAAUACAUUAUAUUUAACAUCUAGUGCUGCGCUGCCUGAUCGUUGAUUGGAUCUUCGGUUUUCUAUUCCCCCAAAACGGGUGCUAGUUAGCUGCAGGAAUGUCUAACUUGUGGGCGAAGAUAGCAGGUGCUAGCAAUGUACUUACUCAAAUGCCUGUUAAUUUCAUGUUUUUAAGUCUACCCUUAUUAAACUAAAUAAGUCAUGUAAUCAGGGUAUAAUAUGUAAAGGUUUUGAAAAAUCAUCAGUUAAAAAUGUGUGGGGACCCUGUUUGAUUAAACGAUCAAAAUAGCUGGUUAUUAUUUUUCUGACAAUCAACUAGUCGACGCAUUAUUGCAGCCCUACGCUGCAUAUUGGGAAAGUUUUACUAUAGCCUGGAAAUGAACACUGAAUU